CCUUCUUUGGUUCUUCGGCUGCCGAGUCAGCAAACUGAAAGAUAGUCAACGUACUCGGCGAAACUACAUCAAGCUGGUACCACCAUGAGGACAUAUAACGAUGAACUCAAGUACUUGGAGAAAAUCUCCGGCAACUGCUGGCACAUCAAGAAGGGAUUUGUGGAAAAUAUGAAAGUUGAUGGAUAUUUCUACACAAAUGACCGCUUAGAGAAGCUGAUGUUUGAUGAGUUGAAGCACUCAUGUAACAGUAAAGGUUUUGGCGGCUUUCUGCCGGGGAUGAAGCAGAUCGCCAAUGUUGCUGCAUUACCUGGCAUUGUCUCGAAAUCGGUUGGACUUCCUGAUGUUCAUUCCGGGUAUGGCUUUGCUAUUGGUAACAUGGCCGCCUUUGACAUGAAUGACCCUACAGCAGUCGUCUCCCCUGGUGGUGUUGGUUUUGACAUAAACUGCGGUGUGCGCCUCCUACGUACAAAUCUCCAUGCUAAGGAUGUGAUCCCCCUGAAGGAACAACUGUCCCAGUGCCUGUUUGAUCACAUCCCAGUUGGUGUCGGAUCACGGGGGAUCAUACCCAUGACAGCCCAAAACUUGGAGGAGGCUCUGGAAAUGGGGAUGGAUUGGUCCCUCAGGGAAGGCUAUGCAUGGGCUGAAGACAAGGAACACUGUGAGGAGUAUGGCAGAAUGCUCAAUGCUGAUCCCUCUAAAGUCAGCAACAGAGCAAAGAAGAGGGGCCUUCCUCAGCUCGGGACGCUGGGUGCCGGGAACCAUUACGCUGAGAUCCAGGUGGUGGAGGAGAUCUAUGACGACUAUGCGGCCAAGAAGAUGGGCAUUGAGUUCAAGGAUCAGGUCUGUGUGAUGAUCCACAGUGGCAGCCGAGGCAUGGGACACCAGGUGGCAACAGGUACGUGCUUGUGGAUGAGGGGCUCUGUAAGGGCAGUAAAGAGAGAAGACAAGCAAAAGAGCAUGAGUCAGGAUAAGUAUAAAAUAUCAAUUUUACUCAAAAAUUACAUGGCAGCCGCCGCCAACUACGCCUGGGUCAACCGCACCAGCAUGACCUUCCUCACCAGACAGGCAUUUGCCAAGAUGUUCAAGACGACUCCAGAUGACCUUGACAUGCAUAUGAUCUAUGACGUGUCGCACAACAUUGCCAAAGUAGAGGAGCACUUUAUUGACGGCAAACAGAAGACGCUUCUCGUGCACAGGAAGGGAUCUACACGAGCCUUCCCUCCCCACCAUCCACUCAUUCCGGUCGAUUAUCAGUUAACGGGCCAGCCUGUUCUCAUUGGGGGCACGAUGGGCACCUGCAGCUAUGUGCUGACGGGCACCGAACAGGGCAUGACCGAAACCUUUGGCACAACGUGUCACGGCGCAGGGAGAGCACUCUCGCGAGCUAAGUCCCGGCGGAACCUGGACUACAGUGAUGUACUGGCUGCCUUAGACGAGAAGGGGAUUAGCAUCAGGGUGGCAUCCCCCAAACUUGUCAUGGAGGAGGCUCCAGAAUCUUACAAGAAUGUGACAGAUGUCGUGGAUACAUGUCAUGCAGCUGGUAUCAGCAAGAAGGCAAUAAAACUACGACCUAUCGGGGUCAUCAAAGGCUAGACCCUUGUUGUUCCUGGAAGCUCUCCUCUUCAAGUGCUAUAACACACUAUCUCCUCAUAAUACUAACAGCUUGUCUGCAGCCUACAAACAGACUCGGGGACUGAACUCAGCACUAAGUCCACAGCUGCUUAGGGCAUAUGGAAACUUAUCUCAACCCGGCUUUGGGCAUUAUGCAACUAACUCAAGCUGCUGAGGCAAUAUGACUUUUAUCUCAUAAGCCUAACAGCUAACCAUUGUACAUACUGUGGUGCUAAUUAUUCCAAAACAGUCACUUAUACAAUAACAUUAUUGGUUUCGAUACCAGUAUUCAGUUUUCUGUUGAAGGAAUUAAUAUACAUUUUGUUACAGAUUAUUUUUAUUUAUGGCAGAUAAAGUUGGUGUUGAGAUAAAAAGUAGACGAAGGUUUACGGGUGACAGUUUUAUUAUUAUACUGUAAUUUUAACUUUUCAGUAUAGGUCAAUAUAGCAUUUACAAGCAAGGCUGAAUAACAUGGUAGAGAAUUAUAUGUAGUGGUUGAAGGAAUAACAGUAACAACAAUUGUAUAUGACAGGGAUUAACAUGAGUAGAGUCACUAAUAACAACUAAACCAUUGUAACAACAGCGAGAACAUGUGGAGGAAGCCAAUUAAAUAGGGAGCCAAUUAAUUGGAAUAAAAUAUUUCUGUGAGAUGAUGGGAGAAUCAACUGCUUUAUGAACUCAUAGUAGAUUAAUUAGGAGUUGUAUUGAAAUUAUUCGUAUCUGUGUGUCCAGAAACUGGUUGUUGCUUUACUUUAGGUAUGACAGCGUGUCAGGUUCUUCCAAUUAUAAUAAUCCUCAUCAAUGUAAAGUUGGGUGUGAUAGGGUAAAGGCCCGUUCUGUCCGGCUCAAAAUGAGAAAUUGUAUAUGUGGCUAAGUAAGAUCAACUGGCAUUAUUCCAGGGGGUUGAUGAGUCUUGUUUUCAUCAUGCAGUUCUUUCAGCAUAUCUUUGGGAUUUGGGGGAAACAAGUGGUUCAAGGUUCACUCAUUACUCCACAGACCUGGGUUUGAUUCUCAUGCAUACAGUGUGUGAAGCCCAUUUCUGGUGUCUAACACCAAGACGUUGCUGGACUGUUGGAUAAUACAAUGUUUAACUAUACUCUCCAUUUCAUGAAGACCUGACCCAUUGUCUGUAUCUUCCAGUGCAUAAUAUCCAUUGGCCAGCAGGUUAUGGGAAGUGCGUAUGUGGACUUAAUGUCCUUUUCUGGUAGUGUGGGUGAGGUAUUUGAUCGCAUUACAUAGAAAUCAGCAGAUUUUCAUUUGAGAACAUGAUUCUAGAGUAUUUAUUUGCUUGUUUUUGUUUACAGUUAGGAUAAUCUUGUUCUGUUGGUGAAAGUUAACAUUGUUUUGUUAUGGUUUAAUGUAGAUUUUCAAAUAAAUUCCCUUGUCAGGCAAAUAAUCUUGAAAUAUAAGUUAUCAUUCCCAUAAACUCAGAUAUUUUAACACUGAGUUUGAUUAAAAGUAAAAUAAUCAGUUAAGCUCUUUCACAGGUCAUAUUUUCAGUGAACAGGCCAUGCUUUUAAUUUGAAAUCACGAGGAAGACACAAAUUUAGAACAUAUUUUACUGUGCUACAUUAAAGAUAAAGGGACAAUAAUCUUGAUUUGACGCCAGGAAUGAAGGCUUGAUUGUGUUAGACAAUGAGCUGCUAUGUCAUUGCUAUUGUCUCCCAGGUGACUGUGUUGAGUAUCUGGUGAUAUUUCCCCAGCCAUGUGUUGUAUAUAUUGUGUACAUACAUCUGUAGUCUCUGUACAUUCAGUGCAUGAAAUAAACCAGAUAUGGUGUGAA